AUGUCCACCACGGCGUCAUCCGCGUCGCCAUCGGUCGUCCGCAGCCACUCGACCUCGUCCCGACCUGCAUCCUCUCGCCCUGUUUCAUCCGACCUGCCUCACCGAACUCGAAGUGUUGCCGUCAGACCCUCAACCGCCUCCCAGCCUUCGCCGCAACGCCAGUCCCAGUCGCACCAGCAUUACCAUUCCAAGUCUCAGGCCUAUGACCGUCGUCCCCCCUCAAACCACGCUGUUUUCGAUCACAUAGCUCGUCGGGACGGUGCCCAACCAGCCCCCGCGCGUCGGAGUAGCUCCAGGGAGCGGUCGCAGGAGCGACCGCCCACCACCCACCGCUCCGACUCAUCCGCCGCCAAACAUCAGAGGAACCUGUCGGCUCAGGGUCAUCAGCGAGACAGCAUCGACAUGGCGACGGCAGGUCCCGUCGUGGCAGAGGGUGCCGCUGCGGUCACGCAACCACCCUCCGCGUCGCGACUCCACCCUGCUGCUGCAAUGCCAUCGAAGCGUCGCACGACCAUUACCACCCCGUCCGGCCAGUGGGCAUUGGGGAAAACUCUAGGUGCAGGGAGCAUGGGUAAGGUGAAGGUGGGCAAGAAUAUCGAGACCGGAGAACAGGUGGCCGUGAAAAUUGUCCCUCGGCAGUCGACCGAGGAACACCGCAGCUCCCGCGAUGCCGAGAGAGCUGAUCGGUCAAAGGAGAUUCGGACCGCUCGGGAAGCCGCUAUUGUCAGCCUCGUCAACCACCCUUAUAUCUGUGGGAUGCGCGAUGUCGUCCGGACCAACUACCACUGGUAUAUGCUGUUCGAGCUCGUCAACGGGGGUCAGAUGCUGGACUACAUCAUCUCCCACGGCAAGCUGAAGGAGAAGCAGGCGCGAAAGUUCGCGCGUCAAAUUGCCAGUGCGUUGGAUUAUUGCCAUCGCAAUAGCAUCGUGCAUCGUGAUCUGAAGAUUGAAAACAUUCUGAUCAGCAAGACUGGUGACAUCAAAAUCAUCGAUUUCGGUCUGAGCAACCUGUUCUCUCCCCGGAGCCUCCUCAAAACCUUCUGCGGCAGUCUGUAUUUCGCGGCCCCCGAAUUACUGCAGGCGAGGCAGUAUACUGGCCCAGAGGUGGAUGUAUGGAGCUUCGGGAUUGUUCUUUACGUCCUGGUCUGUGGAAAGGUCCCGUUCGAUGAUCAGAGCAUGCCGAAACUCCAUGCCAAGAUCAAGCAGGGCGCCUUCGAAUUUCCUCAGGGACUGACCGCAGAAUGCCGCAGCAUUAUUUCCCGGAUGCUGGUUACGGAUCCUAAGCAGCGUGCGAGUCUGGCAGAAAUCAUGAACCACCCCUGGAUGAACAAAGGCUUCAAUGGUCCCCCGGAUAGCUAUCUACCCCACCGUGAGCCGUUGCAGCUCCCACUCGAUCCCGAUGUGAUUGAAAAGAUGACCGGUUUCGACUUUGGGCCGCCGGACUAUAUCACGGCUCAGCUCACCAAAAUCAUAGAAUCCGAGGAUUAUCAACAUGCUGUGCGAAACAGCGUUCGUGAUCAACCCCUGCCGAGUCAUGGCGAAAAGAAGCGGGGCAUGUUUGACUUCUACAAGCGCCGAAACUCCGUCAGCCGCGAUACACUCUCGGUCCCGUCCGCAGAGGCGGUACAGCUGGGACAUGAUCCACUCAAUGCCUACAGUCCCCUCCUGUCCAUCUAUUAUCUCGUCAAAGAGAAGCUUGAGAGAGAAAGAGCCGAGACUAACCCAGGGGCCCUCGGCGUUCCUCAGUCCGCAGGCGAUGCCAUGCUACAGAUGCCGGACCUGCCUGCGCCGGAAGCGGCACACACCAAUCAGUACCAGGUCCCUGGCGAGAAAGACACCUCAAGACGGUCUCGUCCUCGCGCUAGGACCCAUGGAGAUGAUGAUCUUGCAGAUGGGGUCAAGCAUCUCAACCUCGUUCCCGGACAGGCUUCUCCAGUCCCUCCCAUGUCACAACCCGAGACUCCCAUGAAAAAGGAAAGUGCUGCGGCAGGUCUUUUGAGAAGAUUCAGCACCCGACGAACAAAGGAGCGCAGCCGCGAUCCCGAGCGUGGAAGGAUUGGAAGCCCGCAGACGCCCCAAUUGAACGUUCAACCGCCUGCCGAUUCGGCCUCUCCGCUCUCCAGAGGGUUCAGCAUGAGACGGGCACGGCGCGCCGAACCAUCAUCCACGAUCCCUUCGGCGGGUAGUCAGCCACAACACCAAGAUCUUCUCAAAGCACCUGGAUCAGAGCCGGGCUCUCGGUCCAACAAGUUCUUGGAGAGAUCCGCUAGCGUGAACUCGGCUGACUACCGGGCCCGACGAGCUGCGCGUCGCAACGAAGCCGAGGGAACCGCCCCGCCUCAGACGAGUGGUUCGGAUUAUUCGGGCAAGGAUCAGACCCCCGCGAAGGACCCGAAAGCCCACGCCCGCACCCAUGCCACGCGGACGAUGUCUCUGGGCCACGCGCGGCGUGAGAGCAUCCAGGCCCGACGCGCUCGCCGGGACGCCGCUAGAGAGGCCAAUGUCCCGGAGGAGACUGAUGCAGACAUCUCCGGCGCUGGCACGGCACUUGAGAGCGCCAACGAGGGCGAAGAUUUGUCGAAGCCGGUAUACCUGAAGGGCCUGUUCAGUGUUUCCACUACUAGCAGCAAGCCCCUUCCUGUCAUCCGAGCGGAUAUCAUCCGCGUCUUGAAACAGCUUUCCGUCGAGUUUGUUGAGAUCAAGGGUGGAUUCAGCUGCCGGCAUGCCCCCAGUAUUGAGCUCGACAAGGUGGUGGACGUGGGCCCUCCGAGCCCUGAACGACAAGGACAUGUGUCUAACCACCGUCGGCGGAUCAGCUUCGGAGGACUGCUGAGCCACGAUGACAGCAAAGAAGAAUCCCGCGGCACCCCCAAGUCUCAACGUCGCACUCGUGGCCCGCCGGAUCGCAGCUUUGUCAGUAAUUCGGACGGCUCUGACGAGUUUAUUGCGUCUCCUGAUCCCAAUGCCGGGGGAGAACGGGUUAUGGGCGAGACUACCACCCGUGUGCAGAGCGACACGGGCGAGAACCUUGUUCUUCGAUUCGAGAUCCUCAUUGUGAAGGUGCCACUGUUCUCGCUCCACGGAAUUCAAUUUAAGAAAGUGGCUGGAGGCAUGUGGCAAUACCGCGAGAUGGCGAAGAAGAUUUUGGACGCCUUAAGACUAUGA